AUGGCAUGCAAGAUAUGGGUCGAUGCCGAUAGAGAUGGCAUGAAGAGACCAGCAGUUUCCAUCUACCUGUUGGGGGAGAUGACCAUCAGACUAGAUGAUGUGGCGUGUCUCAUAGGCAUCCCCAUCAUUGGGAGGCUCCUUCAUGAUAGAGAGCUAACCCGUGAUGAGGAGAUACAGAUGAUGCAGGAAGAUCUACUUUUACCGCGGAGGCUGCUGCUAAGGAGGUGUGAAGGCAAGGUGUUGCUCAUGUCAGUUUUGAACAACAGAAGCAUUAAUCUGUUGUGGCUGCUUGCGCUGCAAGAUAUGAACGAGUUGGACAGCUGGUCAUGGGGCGGGAUGGAACUUGCUUUCCUAUAUGAGCAACUAUCUCUUAUCACCGACUCAUCUGUGGCCUCUUGUGGUGGUUACAUGACCUUGCUUGUGGGAUGGGCUUUGGCGCACUUCACGAACCUCAUUCCGAGGAUUCAUAAUGAUGAUUACGAGCCUGCUCUUGCCCCGCUUGUGGAUCAAUGGAAACCUCCCAGGGGCUUUUUUGAUCCUGGACACUACAGAGAUGUCAUUGAUUCGAUGGACCAUUCUCAUGUCAUCUGGAGGUCAUACGAGAGAUGA